UAAUUAAAAAAUAAAAUUGUUAUUGCUAAUGCAGCGAUGUCCUUUAGAUAAUAAAUCAAAUAAGACUGCUCCGAUAUUGGAGUAAUAUUUGUGUGUGUACAUGUUUGUGUGUGUAUUUUGUGCCUCGCUGUCGUAUUUUUUAUGCAACUCACUUAAAAAAAGUUGAAGUGUGAGGCUGCCUGCGUGCCAUUUUCAUAGCCCAAGCCCCGAACACUUCCAACCAAGCAAGAUUAGUGCAUUUGCUGAACGUGAUGACGUCCACUAGCAAUCUGGCAGAUGUUGUUCGCCACUACCAACGCAGCAUUGAACGCCAUGGCGAGGAUGAGACACGCUUGUUGCACUGCAUCACAAAGCUGUUUAACCUGCCCAUCACAUUCGAGCAUCUACAGGAGACGGGCAUUGGCAAAACGGUAAAUGCGCUGAGAAAGAUCAACGGAGAGGUCGGCGUUGCUGCAAAAACACUAGUCACAAAAUGGAAGGCUAUGGUCGCUGCUGAAGAGGAACCCGCUGUUAAUACGCAUAGCAAUGAAGAGGAGUCCCACAGAUCGAAUGGUCAACGGUCCAGCGAAGAGGACCAAGAUCAAGAGAACAAAGGCAGCAACUCCUCUAGCGGAGAAGACAGCCGUCAUAGGCACAAGUCCAAACACGAAGAACGUUCCAAGGAUAGUGAGCAUAAGAGCAAGUCGAGCAGCGGUAGCAACAGUAAAAGUCACUCAAAAAGCCGAUCCGACAGCGACAAGAAACACAAAACCAGCAGCCAUGACAAGUCGAAGCCGAAGGAUAGCAGCAGUGACAGACAUCGGAAGGAGCAAAAAGUCAGUAGCAGCAACGCCAGCGAACACCGCAAACCAAAGGAGUCCCUAACGAAGGCCAGCAGCAACCACCACAAGAGUAGCAGCGAGGGAAACACUCAUAGUGGUAGCGGCCACCACAACAACAGUAGCAGUAGCAGCAGCAGUAAGCAUCACCGACAUCAAAGCAGCAACAAAAGCGAGCACAGCAAGUCCAGACAUGAGAAGAGCAAAGAGAGCAAAUCGCAAAACAGUGAGCAAAAAGUUUCCAAAGAGAAAUCGGAAAAACACAAGUCAACCAAGUCAUCUAAGCGAUCACGCAGUCCACAUGGGACACAAGACGAUGAUUCACCCAAGGCUAAAGUAUCAAAAACAAAGCCCACGGCUGAUGCAGCUGAGCCCAAGGACACUGCUAAUGAGUUUGACUCCAGCAUGGGCGCCAAUUUUGAUGAUGUACUUGGUAUGCUCAAUAUGCCAAUGAGUGGCAAAAAAAUGAGUGGCAAGCUCAAGUCACCACACAAACCCGCAACCUCAACAGCAAUAGCAACUUCAUCAACUUUAACCAAACGAACAACAACAGCAACUUCAACAACAACAACUUCCAGAAACAGGAUGACUAGUACAAAGAAACCUGAGCUGUUGGCAUCCACGGCAAAACUAGAGCCUCUCGAUCCGAGCAUAGCUUUGGAACUGCCCACUAUAUCUAAUAAUUAUAAGCCCAUGCCACUGAAUCAAACCGUCAUGGAUGUCGUAUUCAAUCAAGGUCUCGGUGGCUCUGCUCCCAGGCCCCCUCGCAAUUUCAAUGAGUCUGAAGCGCUAGCAGCUGGCAUAUCAUCCAAGACAAUGCGCACCAAGAUCUACUCAGGCGUUAGGACUGGUCAGAUACUGCAAGUGCCGUCGCUCUUUGAUCUUUGCACACGUGUGCUCCAAAAGAAUAUUGAUGCCUUGGAAUACACGGGUGGUGUGCCCUUUGAUGUACUGCGUGCAGUUCUGGAACGCGCUACUCCACAUCAACUAUUGAACGUUGAAGAGUACAAUCCUUAUCUGAUGGAGGACAGCGAUGUCCUCUGGCAGAAGCAUGUACAGCGGCAUUGUCGUAGUCAACGCAGGGAGGAAAUGGAAACGUGGCGCGAAAUGUUUUUGCGCUGUGAGGAGGAAAAGGAGCGCAAAUUAAGCACUAUUGCCGAGAGUAUAAAAGCUUCACAGAAAAUCAGUGAGGCGCCGGUGCGUAAGACCCAAUUGGCAUUUGUUGACUCAAUGGUAAAACCGCCGCGCAGUGUACAGCGCAAGCAGGAACAAUAUGGCACUAAAGGCAAGCUCAUAGCUACUCCAGCGGCACGUGUGGCCGCUCUAUCCAGUGUCACGCCCAACGCGGCCAAGGUGGGCGAUGCUAGACUUCGUGUGCUUGGCGCAGCGCGUGAUUCAGCGCAAGUCGCUGCGGCUCCCAUGCGUAAUAAGAAGGCACCGUUGAUGGCAAAGGCGUUGCAGUUGAUACGAGGACGUCACAAACGCUAAGUCAACAAACAGCGUAUUCAAACUAUACUCAUUUGUUAUGAAUAACACCCAACAUUGAUUAGAUCACAGUUAGGAUUAUUAAAGACAUUAAAUUCCACAAAUUGUAGGAUUAUUAGUCUAUCAAUAGAUUCCACUGUGAGAAGAACUACGCGCACUGCAUACCAAUUUAUUUGUUCAUGUUCUGCGCCCUUAUUUAUAGAAUUAUAUAUAUAUAAAUAUAUAUUAAUAGAGUUUAAGUUUUUAAAGUCGAAUAGUUUAGCGUUUUGUUAAAACAUAUUUCAUCCCAACUACUGCUCAUUCAAAUAUAUUUUGUUCACCAUGGAUUCAUUGCAGAAUGUGCGUAAAUGUAAAAUAAUUGAUUGUAAAAUCACAAAUCGAUAUCACUUAAGCUAAAUAUGUUUUGUUCCAAUGGGCUGUGCGAGUGUCCAAAAUCAUUGUAAGUACGUAAUACAUACAUAUAUUAUAUAUAAGCCAGUUGCGCAGCUGUAAUAACAGUAAUAAUAAUAUAAUAUAUAUAAUAAUGUUUCAGUUGAUAAUUAAUGAAUACAGUUCCAAACAUUUUACUCCAUUUAUUAGAUUAAUUAAAUGAAACACUGAGCUGCUAUAAGUAUAUUUAUGUUCUGUACAAUAGACAUAGCCCAACAGCUGGCAGAUCCAUAAAAACAAUUGCAUGAUUAUGUAUGUAUACUUUGUAAUAUACGAGUAUAUACAGUGUUCUGGCAUUCAGAAACAUCACGAAUUAUUUAAUUUUCAUUUUGUAGUAUACGAAGGUAUGCUGCUAGUUUAAAAAUUGUUAAAAUAGCAAGAAAACACACAUUGUUCCACUUGAUAGCAACAGUAAUACUUAUUAUACAGACUUAUUACAAAUAAAUUAUUUUAAAAACAA